GGUGCGCAUGCGCAGAGAGAGAGAGAGGGAGAGAGUGAGAGAGAGAGAGGUGAUCAGGGAGCUGUCCGGGUCUGGUGGUGCUGUUUGCUUGUCGGUAUUCGUCCUCAUCAGAGUGCUGUGUGUGUGAGUGUGUGUGAGAGUAUGUGUGUGUGAGUGUGUGUUGUUGUUGUUGUUGUUGUUGUUGUUGUUUUAUGGACGCCAUGGACGAUGAGUUGAAAUGUCCAGUAUGCGGGUCCUUCUUCAAGGAGCCGAUUAUUUUGCCGUGCUCGCACAACGUGUGCUUGGCGUGCGCGCGGAACAUCACGGUGCAGACCCCGGAUGGUGAGCCUCCUCCGCCACCGAGCCGCGCGUCGGCCGGCUCGGACUACGACUACGCGGACGCGGACAAAAUGAGCGAGACGGACAGCGGUUACGGUUCGUACACGCCGUGCGCCAAGUCGCCGAACGGCGUGCGCGUGUUCCCGCCGGCGCUGGCGCUUCCGUCGACCCACCGCCACCGCUCCGUGACGUGCCCGCUGUGCCACCGCAGCGCGUCGCUGGACGAGCGCGGCCUCCGCGGCUUCCCGCGCAACCGCCUGCUCGAGGCCGUGGUGGCCCGGUGCCGCGCGACCCCCGCCAAGUGCCAGCUGUGCGACCACAACCCGGCCGACGCCACGGUCAUGUGCGAGCAGUGCGACGUGAUGUACUGCGCGCCGUGCCAGCAGCGCUGCCACCCCGCACGCGGGCCCCUCGCCAAGCACCGGCUCGUGUCGCCCGCCACCGGAGCCGUCGCGCGCACCGCCGGCGCCGGAGCCCAAUCACCCUCCCCCGCGGCCGCCGCGUGCGCCGAGCACGACGCGCAGACCUACACCGCGUACUGCGUCACCUGCAAGAUCCCCGUGUGCUUCCUCUGCAUGGAGGACAGCAAGCACGGAAAGCACGACGUCAAACCCACAGCCGCCAUGUGGAAGCAGCACAAGUGCCAGUUGUCUCAGGCGUUGAAUGGCGUCUCUGAUAAAGCGAAGGAUGCCAAGGAGUUCCUGGUGCAGCUGAAGAACCUGCUCCAACAGAUCCAGGAGAACGGCGUGGAGUUUGAAGCGUGUCUAGUGGCACAGUGUGACGCCCUGAUUGAAGCGCUCACACGGCAGAAAGCCAAGCUGCUCACCAAGGUCACAAAGGAGAAAGAGAGCAAGCUGAAGACGGUCAGAGACCAGAUCACACACUGCACUAUGAAGCUGAGACAGACCACCGGCAUGAUGGAGUUCUGUCUGGAGGUCAUCAAGGAGAACGACCCGAGCGGCUUCCUACUGAUCUCGGAUGCGUUGAUUAAACGUGUUCAGCUCUCUCAGGAUCAGUGGGUUAAAGGCGCUCUGGAGCCGAAGGUUUGCCCCGAGUUCAACCUGAGCCUCACCACCGACCCUCUGCUGCAGGCCAUUCUACAACUCGACCUUAUCCAGGGCCAGGAUUCUCACACUCAGGAGACUCCGUUACUGAGAUACACACACGCCGGCGUCCAGAAAGAGACGCAGAGCGCAGGAGCAGAGAACCCUGGAGUCCCUCCUGCUCCUUUACUGGAGCUGGAGAAGUGCUGCCUGCGAAACAACAGCGCCACUCUGGCUUGGAGGUUAAUUACACCUCAGCCGAUUCCCAUCGAGGGCUACAUCCUGGAACUGGACGAUGGAAAUAGCGGACAGUAUCGGGAGGUGUACGUGGGGAAGGAGACGGUGUGCACGGUAGACGGUCUACACUUUAACAGCUCCUACAACGCCCGGGUCAAAGCCUACAACUCUGUCGGAGUCGGGGCUUACAGCAAGACCGUGGUCUUAAAGACUUCUGACGUUGCCUGGUUCUCCUUUGACCCUACCUCAGCGCACAGAGACAUCGUUAUGUCCAACGAGAACCAGACGGUGAGCUGCAACAGCUACGACGACCGCGUGGUGCUCGGAACGGCUGCUUUCUCCAAAGGAGUUCAUUACUGGGAGCUCAGCAUCGAUCGCUACGAUAACCACCCGGACCCUGCGUUCGGUGUGGCGCGCAUCAACACGGCGAAGGACGCUAUGCUGGGGAAAGAUGAUAAAGCCUGGGCCAUGUAUGUGGACAACAACCGUUCGUGGUUCAUGCAUAACAACUCGCACACCAACAGGGCUGAGGGGGGAAUAACCAAAGGGUCGACUGUUGGUGUUCUACUGGACCUGAUGAAACACACGCUUACAUUUUUCAUCAACAAAGAACAGCACGGCCCAGUGGCCUUCGAGAACAUGGAGGGUGUGUUCAUGCCCGCGGUCAGCCUCAACCGCAACGUACAGGUGACCCUAAUCACAGGUUUAGAAGUACCAAAGAACAUCAAAUAACGACCUCUGCCCUGUGGGGACGAGGUACGUCUGGGUUGUACCUCCGGGUUGUUUUUCGUCACGAGGCAAGCCACUGCUCGACGCCAUUUGGUUGGAGAUCAAAGAGGACUUUUUAAAAACCACACUAUAUCUCAAAUAUAUUUGGGUUUGGUUUGGUUUUCUUCUUCUGCAUUCUUAAAGGAAUCUCAGUGUGUACAAUCAGAACGCAGUGUGUUUACAGUAAACUCAUCCCAGGCAGCAUUCCCUACAGGACCAGUAAGCUUUGAAGGAAAGUUCUGUCUGUUUAUCCAAACUUCAUCUAUCGCGUUCUUCAAAAUGUAAGCUUAUCCUGGUUAUAAAUGUUUAAAUGGUGUAGACGCUGAAGCAUUUAAUGGCGAAUCUCUGCUUGGUAGGUUUCCAUUGCUGUCCGAGUGACUUAACCAGCAACGUGACCUACUCGCUACAGUAUAUACAGUGUGAUGUAUUAACUCGGUAUAGCCAGUAUUUUUUGCAAAACGGCGGCUGUGAUAUACAAUUGUGAAACAAGUUUUCCACGCUUUACGCAACUUGACCAAAUUUCAGCUCACACUCUGCUGUAGAAUCAUUAACGGUUGAUUGGAUGAGCAUUAGAUUGGAGUUUCCAAACAGCAAGAUGCUGACAUAUGUAUCUUGCCUGUAAAUUAGUAAAGUGGGACCUAUUUGAUGCACCAUUGACUUACCUAGCAUUCUGUAUGUACAGAACAUCUGGAGUCUGUAGACCUUAAACGGGACUGAAAAUUUGUCCUACGAUCUUCUCGCCAUCAGGAUGACUCAAAGCGUACCAAGUUUUUCGACCAAAUUUUGAAUGGGAAAACCCUCAAGAUCAAUGGUAGGUGCUUGUUUCCAGUUGCUCUCACCUACAAAGGAGUUUUUUUUUGUUUGUCCCAUUAGGGGAACCCUUAAGGAUUCUAUGUACAGCCUCAAAACAGAAGGUUUUAGUAAGCUGCAAGGUUCCACUUUGGCACCAUUAUACCAUCGAUUGUUCCGUAUUUACGUUAAAAUGUUACAUGUAGAGCCCCAAAGAAUUCUUGGGUUUAUCCCACUGGAGAAGCCCUUAAAGAUUCUACGCAAAAGCUCAAACCUCAUAGCUUUUAAUAGGCUUUGACCGAUAUCCAUUCAAAGAACCUGUGAGGAACCAUUGUGGACAAGGCAUGACCCAUUCAUUCUACUCAUCUGUUUGUUGCUCUGUAUUUACAGAACAGGCUCCAACAUUUGAGUUCUGUAGACCUGAACUAGACUGAAAAUAGUUCCUAGGGUUUUCUUGAUGUCAGGAUAAACAAACUCUUGACCAAACAUCCUUCAUGAUCGGUGAUAUUUGCUUAUUCCCAGUUUCCAUGGCUUACAAGGUUACAUCUAGCAGCCUGCAGGGUUCUUUGGUUUGUCCCAGUAAGGGAACCCUUAAAGAUUCUGUAGCACCUCACAACAGGUUUCCUUUUUAGCAAGCUACAACCCAUAACCAUCCAAAGAAUCUCUAAGGAACCCUUUUUUCCUAAGACUGUACCUAGAGAACACAUGGCCCUCAGGCUUUCUAGAAGGUCCUGCUUUGGUGUACCAUCUAUUUGUCUACUCUUACAGAACUGUCGGGUUUGUAAACCUUAAACGGGUUGGAAAAUUCUUUCUAUACUAGUUUUCCCAUUAGGAUGACUCUUAAACAAACUCCUGACCAAAUUCUGAACAGAAAAAAAGAAAUUCCCACCAGGAUCAACGAUACCUGACAGUUGUCAUCGUUUACAAUCUAGAAGACUAAAGGGUUCUUUGGUUUGUUCCACCAGAGGAACCUUUAAAGAUUCUAUAUAGAGCCUCACACCAGAGGGUUUCUUUCCCAUAACCAUCCAAAGAACCCAUUAAAAAGACUAUUUGAAGGACACAUGGCCCUCUUUGGUGACACCAUCGUAUCAUGUGUUCUUCCGCACUUACAGAACACUUCUAUUCGGUCCUUAUGAGUCGGACGACUACUUGGAUUGGAUGACCAAUUUUCGUUUGAAAACAAAAACGAACCCCGACUCUUCCCAUAGAGCACAAUGAUACUUGCUUGUUUCCAGUUGCAACUGCUUACAAUCCUAGAAAAAAGGUCACAUCUAAGGUCGCAACGUAUAGCAUUCUUUGGUUUAUUCCAAAUGGGGGAACCUUUAAAGAUUCUGUGUAGAACGUUGCGAAAGAGUGUUUCCAUUGUAGUUAACCAUCCAAAAAAAAAAAACCCCAGAUGACACGACCCACCCCUUCUUCCUUCGUAGGCUUUCAAGAAGGUCCCAAUUUGGUGGUAAUGUUUGGACAAACUAGUGGAACGACCCUUCGUGACGCAGCACUCUUAGAUCGCCACAAGGUUAAAACACCUUACACAAAUCUCAGGUUUAAAUACUCAGACGGGUGGGUGGUCCAGACACGGAUUAAACCUUUACACUGCCAUAGUUAGAAAACCGUUAGUUCUGUACUAGGCUGAAUCUGUGUCUGGAAAAAGAGGACCUUACAGGACCAUUCUCUGGUGUGGUCUGGUCCUCUCAAAUUUCUCCACAUGGAAUAACCUGGUACUUUUAGAAGUGCCGAAAAGAACAAACUGCCGAUGGGAAACGAUCGAUCUGGAAAAUAUAGGAAAUUCAUCUGCUGCUUGUAAUCAGACACGCAUUUCAGUCCUUCAGGAUCCGAGACUGAAGCCUUUCACACUGUGAUCCAUACGGAAAACGUGAAGAACAUUCCAGAGUCAUUUCUCAAGUAUCUUUUACUCUAGGUCAAUCGAAUACCCCGCCCUGGUUUUUCCUCCUGGUGUGAUUUCUCAGCUGUAUAGUUUAGUUGUAGGAAAAAGCGUGUGAUAUUUUGCAUGGUACACCGCUGUACACGACGGAGCCGAUACGGUCUGAGCAUGGAUCUUUAUAUUCUACUUGUGUUGUAUAUAGUGUAACGAAAACGCAAAGCGGAAGCGUCACGCUCUGGCGUGGUUCGAAACGCUACGAAGUGAGCUGUGAAGUUUUUUCAGACCAACCAACUGCUUAAGCCUUAAGCAUAAGUGUCGUAAUCGGAAUCAUACCAAACUUUUUUUUUUGUUUUUUUUUUCCAGUUAAAGACGAAAUAAAUUGUGCGAUUAAAAAGAACAUUUAUAUAUAUAUAUA